UUCACUGUCAACAUGCAAGAUGGCCACGCAUCACAGGCAAAAUGCUGCUGGGCGGAGGAAAGUACAGGUAUCAUAUGUCAUUAGAGAUGAGGUGGAGAAGUACAAUCGAAACGGGGUGAAUGCACUCCAGCUCGACCCUGCUCUGAACCGGCUCUUCACUGCAGGGAGGGACUCCAUCAUCCGGAUAUGGAGCGUCUACCAGCACAAACAGGACCCAUACAUUGCAUCGAUGGAGCAUCAUACAGACUGGGUUAAUGACAUAGUCCUCUGUUGCAAUGGAAAAACUUUGAUAUCUGCCUCAUCGGAUACGACAGUCAAAGUAUGGAACGCACACAAAGGGUUUUGUAUGUCAACGUUACGAACACAUAAGGACUACGUGAAAGCGUUGGCUUACGCUAAGGACAAAGAGCUGGUAGCAUCAGCAGGUCUGGACAGGCAGAUCUUUCUUUGGGAUGUGAACACACUAACAGCACUCACUGCUUCCAACAACACUGUCACCACUUCAUCGCUGAGUGGGAACAAGGACUCAAUCUAUAGUCUGGCUAUGAACCAGAUGGGCACGGUUAUUGUAUCAGGAUCCACAGAAAAGGUUCUGAGAGUGUGGGAUCCUCGAACAUGCGCUAAGCUCAUGAAGCUAAAAGGUCACACGGACAACGUCAAAUCGUUGCUGCUGAAUCGAGACGGCACUCAGUGCCUAUCAGGCAGUUCAGAUGGGACCAUUCGCCUUUGGUCCCUCGGCCAGCAGAGGUGCAUCGCCACCUACCGUGUGCACGACGAAGGGGUGUGGGCCCUGCAGGUCAAUGAGGCCUUUACGCACGUAUAUUCUGGAGGCAGAGACAAAAAGAUCUACUGUACGGACCUGCGUAACCCAGACAUCCGUGUCCUUAUCUGUGAGGAGAAGGCCCCAGUGCUCAAAAUGGAACUGGACAGAUCUGCGGACCCACCUCCAGCAAUCUGGGUCUCCACCACCAAGUCAUCUGUUAAUAAAUGGUCUCUAAAGGGAAUGCACAACUUCAGAUCAUCCGGAGAGUAUGACAACGACUGCACCACCCCUCUGACACCACUGUGUACUCAGCCAGAACAAGUCAUCAAGGGAGGUGCCAGUAUUAUUCAGUGCCACAUUCUGAAUGACAAAAGACACAUACUCACCAAAGACACCAACAACAAUGUGGCUUUCUGGGACGUCCUAAAGGCAUGUAAGGGCGAAGACUUGGGGAAGGUUGAAUUUGACGAAGAGAUUAAAAAGCGCUUCAAGAUGGUCUAUGUGCCAAAUUGGUUCUCUGUUGAUCUGAAAACUGGGAUGCUCACUAUCACUUUGGAUGAGAGUGACUGCUUUGCUGCCUGGGUGUCUGCAAAGGACGCAGGGUUUUCAAGUUCCGAUGGAUCGGAUCCAAAGUUGAACCUGGGCGGACUAUUGCUUCAGGCUCUGCUGGAGUUCUGGCCCAGAACCCGAAUCAACCCCAUGGACGAGGAAGAGAACGAGGUGAACCAUGUGAACGGAGAGCAAGAAAACAGGGUCCAGAAAGGCAACGGAUAUUUCCAGGUGCCACCACACACACCAGUUAUCUUUGGAGAAGCGGGAGGCAGAACCCUUUUUAGGUUGCUAUGUAGAGAUUCAGGCGGAGAGACUGAAUCCAUGCUGCUCAAUGAGACAGUCCCACAGUGGGUUAUUGAUAUAACUGUAGAUAAAAAUAUGCCCAAGUUCAACAAAAUCCCGUUCUACCUCCAGCCCCACUCUUCCUCUGGUGCAAAAACUCUAAAAAAGGACCGACUGUCGGCCAGUGACAUGCUCCAGGUGAGAAAGGUCAUGGAACAUGUUUAUGAGAAGAUCAUCAACUUGGACAACGAGUCACAGACCACCAGCUCCUCGGCCAACGAUAAACCCGGGGAGCAGGAGAAGGAGGAGGACAUGGCCAUGCUAGCUGAAGAGAAGAUUGAGCUAAUGUGUCAAGACCAGGUGCUAGAUCCCAACAUGGACCUGCGAACAGUUAAACAUUUUAUCUGGAAGAGCGGAGGGGACUUGACACUUCACUAUAGGCAGAAGUCCACGUGAAAGUCGUCAUUUUUAAAAGCAGAACUCUUUGUCAUUUGCCAAUCACCACCCACCUCUGACAUGUAGUACCCUAAAACCCCAUUGUGUGGUCAAGAGUUGCAGUAACAGUGAGAAUCCAGUAAAAUUUGUGGGGACAUGGCUCAUGUUGUAUUAUAGGAAACUGAGAAGAACAGGCCGGCGCAGCCAACAGACACCUGGGAAAUAAGUGGUCCAUAUUGUUUUUUUUAAGUUUGGACGUAAAUGUCUCCUCUCUGCAUCCUUUUUUUUUUCCUUGUUCUUCUUCCUCACAUCUUUGACUGUCCCUGCCCACCCUUUCCUGAUUGGCAUUUUAUUUUUGAAGCGACUGAAGUUGCAGUGCGUGUUUGUGUAUGUAUGCACACGGAUGUAGUAGACUGUCUGUUCUAGUACAUUCCAGGAAACUGUCCUUGUUCUACAGACACUCCAGUCCUGUCUCAGCAGUAUCACCAGUUUAGGAGUACACUUGGUCUCUGGGUAGCCUCACAGUCCCUCAAAGACAAAAAAACCCCUCUGUUCUGUAGUCGACGUCGUCUGCAUUAACUUGAACUUAACCUCGGCUUAGACAUCCAGUUAGUGCAGAGCUUGAACCUCAUCGACAGAAGCAGUCCACGUUGUCUUUUGUUUUUAGCGGUGUUAUCCUCAAAGGAAUGAAUGUUCUUUAUUUUGUAAAUAUAUGUACAACAUUUUUCAUUUAAAUUACUUUUUCUUUUGGUUUUGCAGCUGUUUUCUUUUUGUUUUUGUACAGUUUACUUAAAAAAGCAAAACACACACAAAUUAUUUUUCCAAAUCCCUGCAGCACAUUCAUGGUCAUGAACGCUAAAUGACUUGAAUGGUAAGAUUUGCAUUUGUUGAUUUCACUGCAAUCUAAAACUUGCAGUUAGUAUUUGUGUAGGUCAUCUUAGCAAUUGGGGAAAUUAUAUAUAGGGUAUAUAUCUUAAACAGUAAUUCAUGCUUAGAUGCUCUGCGUUUGGUUCACGAGCAUGGACUCUGAUGACAGCGAGGGUUGUUCCUAAUGUAUAUUUCAUUUAGAUUCAGUAGGAGUUCAGUGGAGCAUAAAUUUAACUUGAAGGGGAAUCUCAUCUGAGAUAACAUACGAACAUUCAGCCACUGUGGGAACUUCACCAAAGUGUAAUAAAUGCUAACACAUCUUGUCGCUUGGUGUGUCACCAAGCCACAACAACAGAUCUUUUCAUUGUAAUUUCCUGGAGUUUAAUUUUGCCACGAGUGUGUGUAAUGCCAUAGCAGGAGGGAGGAUGCAUUGAGUGAGCUCUAAUUGGCCAAAAAUAAAAAUCCAAGAUGGGUACAAAUAAUCAGGCCAUAACUCUGCAAUAUCCAUUAUUGUAAUCAUUUGUGAAAUAUGUAUAUUUUAGGCAUUCAAAGAAAUAAAUUGGAAUGGUUUAACAAUGA